AUAAAGAUGAGCCCAGUAGUUACACCUGCACCACAUGCAAGCAGCCCUUCACCAGUGCCUGGUUCCUGCUCCAACAUGCUCAAAACACCCACGGCUUCCGCAUCUACCUGGAGAGCGAACCAGGCAGCCCGCUGACACCUCGUGUGGCCGCAGCGCCUGGAAUGGGAGGGGACUGCGCCUCGUCCCAACCCCCGCUUCACGCUGUCCACCUGGCUGACGGAAGCCCCUACAGCCUCCUGAGGAUGCCGGGCUCCAGCUCUGUCCGGGACCCAGCGUCUACCCCUCGGGAGGGCCGUUAUCCACGGACUCCACCCCUGUUCAGCCCCCCACCGCGGCACCACCUCAGCCCCGAUGACCUGGCCUUGGCUACCCACCACCCCAGCGCCUUUGACAGAGUAAUGAGGCUCAACUCGGUGCCCUUGGAGCCCCCUCCCACCAUGGACUUCUCCAGACGGUUACGUGAGCUUGCAGGGAACACCACUGGAGCCUCCCCACCUCUGUCCCCUAACCGACCGAGCCCUAUGCAACGGCUUCUGCAGCCUUUCCAGCCAGGCUCCAAACCCCCUUUCUCAGCUACGCCGCCCCUCUCCACAUCUCAGUCUCCAUCUGGCUCGCAUUCCACUCCCAAUCCCAUAUCAAACAUAGCCCAACCCAGCACCCCUCUCAAGGCGAAGUCUUGUGAGUUUUGCGGAAAGACCUUCAAGUUCCAGAGCAACCUGAUUGUGCACCGGCGCAGCCAUACAGGGGAAAAGCCCUACAAAUGUCACCUGUGUAACCAUGCGUGCACCCAGGCCAGCAAACUGAAGCGCCACAUGAAGACGCACUGUCAGAGCAAGUCUUCAUCGCUCAAUACCAAGUCAGAUGAUGGCCUCUCAACUGCCAGUUCCCCUGAGCCUGGUACCAGUGAGCUCAUGGGUAGCGCCACGGAUGCCCUUAAGUCAGUAGUUGCCAAGUUCAAGAGUGAGAACAAUGGCCUGAUUCCUGAAAAUGGAGAAGAGGAGGAAGAGGAAGAAGAGGAAGAAGAGGAGGAAGAAGAGGAGGAAGAGGAAGAAGAAGAAGAAGAGGAAGAGGGGGAUGAGGAGGAAAUGGAGGGUGAAGCUAAUGUCAGAGGAGAACAAGGGAGGGACAACUACCGUUUCAGCUUGCGGCUCGAAGGUGCCCGUCACCAUGAGAACAGCGAGGCCCUUCACCCACGCCGCCGUAAUGUGCCCCGGGAGACCGGCGAUGAAGAUUCAGCCAUGGAGUCAGAUCGAGCGGAUGAUUGUGGAACCACCACUACAGUUAACGGCCUGGGCCCUCUCUCUGCUGACAGCUUGUCUAGGAAGCUGCUGGGUGGAGGAGUAAGCCCCGGCUCCCUCAGCCCCUUGUCCAAGCGCAUCAAGGUGGAGAAGGACCUCGAUCCCCCGACACCCACUAUCCCAAAUACAGAAAACGUGUACUCCCAAUGGCUAGCCGGGUACGCCGCCUCACGACAGCUCAAGGACCCCUUUCUCAGCUUUACAGCUGGGGAAUCCAGACAAUCGCCCUUUGCCUCCUCGUCCGAGCAUUCAUCAGAAAAUGGCAGCCUCCGUUUUUCCACACCACCUGGCGAGCUGGACGGAGAACGUGCCACCUCAGGACGCAGCGGCACGGGCAGCGGAGCCAGCACCCCCCACGGUGGCGGUGGGAAUGGCCGGCCGAACUCAAAGGAUGGGCGCCGCAGUGAUACCUGCGAGUUCUGUGGAAAGGUGUUCAAGAACUGCAGCAAUUUGACAGUGCACCGGCGCAGUCACACAGGGGAGCGACCUUACAAAUGUGAGCUGUGCAGCUAUGCCUGUGCUCAGAGCUCCAAGCUCACCCGCCACAUGAAAACCCAUGGACAGAUGGGUAAGGAUGUGUACAAAUGUGAAAUCUGCCACAUGCCUUUCAGUGUGUACAGCACUCUGGAGAAACACAUGAAGAAGUGGCACAGCGACCGGCCGCUAGCUAAUGACAUUAAGACUGAGUAG